AUGAUAGACUUCAAGUUAAUUAAUUUAGCAAAAAGCUUAUGCUUUUUAUUAUUAUUUCAAGCAUCAUUGAUUGAUGCAAAAGGAUCUAACUACUAUUACUAUAAUACUGAAACUUACGUUGAAGGUACUGCUGAAGUUACAUAUUCAACUUCUUCAACUAAAUAUGGUGGUGGUAUCUUUGGCGGUACCACUACUGAUUACUAUUACUGGAUUUAUACUCCAAAAAUUGAUACCAUUCAGUACUCUACUAUUGGAACCAAUGUUGAUUCAAUUUAUACUGAUGAGGUAAUUACUACGACUACUUUUGUAAAUUGGGGUACAACCAUCACUUACUAUUUAAUAUAUACUCCAUUAAUAACAAAAACUACUACUACAACAUUUCUAACUGAAAUCUCUGAGUCAACAAAAUAUACUAUUUCAACAGUGCUAACGACUUAUGUUGGAGAAGAUGGUAUAGGUACCACAGAAACUACUUAUGUUAUUGCAGCUGCUAGUAACCUUUUUUUUACAACUGUUUACUAUACUGAUUUCUUGAAGCCUUAUCAGGACACAUUUGUUACAAGCUACUCAACUUACUUAGGUAGUGACAAUUCAGAAACAAUUAUGACUAUUUAUCAUGUAUCUGGUACCGUUCCUUAUGUAAGUGCCUCUUUUAUACCUUGGUUUAGCACUUUCACUAGUGUUACUAGAACUGACUAUCAAACUUACACCGAAUUAGAUGGUUCUAUCCAGACGUUGACAAUAAUUGUGCUAUAUGUUCCUAAAACUUUUAGUGAGGUGUUCAUUACAAAACAAGGUACUGAUCAAGGUAUAUAUACAAUUACUACAACAUACUCGAUAGCUCGUACUACACAUGUAGGUGAAGAUUACAUCGGGACAAUUGUGUACACUUACUAUGUUCAAAUUCCAUUCAACGCAGACUUAAAAACUUUUACUACUAUAAGUUUUUUUUCGGGUUCUGAAAGAACAACAUUUUCAACCACUUUUAUAACCGGUGUUGGUGACGACUAUUCCACAACUGUCACUACAAUUUACUUAAUAGCUAUACCAUCGAACUUAGUUUAUAUAACUACGACAGAACCAUGGUCUGCUGAUUACGAUACCACCCAGAUUUAUGAAACGUUAACUACUGGUACUGAUGGUGAAACAACAACCCAAACUAUUUACUAUGUUCACACAUACAGAAGACCUGGUGUAACAGUGACAUCACCUUGGACAGGUACUUAUACAACGUAUUACUCAACUUCUGUAUACGUUUCAAAGAAAAACACUACGACAUAUUACUAUUUAUAUAUACCAUAUUAUACCACUGUCUCCAGAACAACAUCUCCUGGCCCAAGUUCUGCGACUUAUACUUUUAGCACUUCAUUGUUUUCUUUCACAGAUGUCGAUGGUAAUGUCACAACUGAGACUAUUUUCUAUGUUCAGACUCCUAGUCGUAUUUCAGAGCAAACUUAUUCCACUAAAAGUGCUUUCCCUGGAUUGGUAACAUCCACGUACUCGUCUAUUGUGAGAACUAUAACUGAUCAAGAGGGUAAUGAAACUACAGAGACAACCUACUGGGUGGCUAUUCCAACUGAUUUAUAUAAAACGACAACUUCACAAGAAUGGACUGGUCAGUACACAUUAACUUGGUCUAUUGGUAGUACUACUAUUGAAGGUACAGAUGGAUUUAGUACGACUAAAACUGUUUAUUUUGUAGAAUAUCCAAGAGGAAAAGGUAUUUAUACUACCACUUGGUGGACUGGAACUUAUACAACAGUCUAUUCAACGGGUACCACAAGAAAGUGGGGUUGGCAAGGUAUUAUAUACGCGCGUCGUAAAACUUCUGUAUUUUAUGUCCGUACCCCUAUUCAUGCUACAACUUUCACUAGUUAUAUUCGUCCAUGGGAUUCUACUUUCACUACAACUUCUUUCUAUUAUACUACCAUAAGAGGUGUAGAUAAUGAAGAUACAACUGAAACUGUGUAUUAUAUUUUCACACCAGCAGCUACAAUCACCACAACUCGUUAUUCACAAGGUACCGUAUCGGGCACACAAACUUUGACAUAUUCUACAUUAACAACAAAAUUGGGUAACACCUACUACUUUUCCUAUCAAAUUAUUUAUUUUGUGAUACUUCCGCUAAACCCACAAUUUUCAACCAGCUUAACUGAAUGGCAUGAUGACUACGUCUCAACAUUUUCAACUCAAAAAACUGUAUAUACAGGAAAGGACGGUAUAGCAACCACAGUAACUAUAUACGUUGUUCACACACCUCAUUUGAGCGCACAGUAUAGCUAUAUUCCUUGGACAGGGACUUUUAGCAAUACCAUUUUAACUACUAUUUAUACGAAUUUGGAAGAAAACUUCAAUUUUGUGGCAUAUUGGACAAAAACAGUUUACCUUGUCGAGACCCCAAUUCGUAGAUCAACUUCUAUUACAAAAUCAUGGUGGACUGGAGAUUAUACUACGACCGUAUCUACCACUAUUUUUACUACUACCGAUUUUGAAGGAAAUGAAACUACCGAAACAAUCUAUUUAAUCAAUACUCCUACAAGGGUCACAACUACUACCAUUUACUUUGCAAAUGAGGACAACGCCACUAGUACUUUCUCCACAGACUUAACCACAUUUACAGGAAAAGAUGGAGAAGAAACUACAGAGACAAUAUUCUAUGUUGCUGUACCAACUACCGCAGCCUAUACUACUGUAUUUACUGAUUGGACUGGUAGCUUCAUUACCCAAUACUCAACUUCUGUUUCGACUGAUGGUAAGACACUGGUGACAAUAUUUUACAUAGCUACUCCAUUCGAUGCUGGUAUAAUUUCAUAUGUUCCUUGGGAAAAUGAUUUCACCUCAACAGUUUAUACUGAAACAAUUACUAGUUAUGGGUUUUCAGAAACCUUCUUUGGAGAAUGGGAAAAAGUUAUUUAUUAUGUGCAAACUCCAAUUCGUGGAUCUACUACUAAAAAUGUCACUCCUUGGGGUAACUCACAAUCUUCAACUUAUUUUACCAUACUAACAACUACAACUGAUGACAAUGGCAAUGAAACAACAGUUACAAUCUAUUAUGUUUUCACACCAGUUCGUUAUCAUACUUCAACACAAUAUUCUGGUUGGGACAAUGAUUAUACAAACUAUUACUCUACAUUAAUAACUACUAUAAUUGGUGAAGAUGGAGAAGCUACAACUGAAACCAUUUAUUUUGUUCAAACACCUUUCAGAUAUACUACACUUACAACUUAUAUUGACGGUGAAAAUUCUUUUACUACUACUGUAUCAACUUAUAUCACAAUCGAAACAAAUGAUUCAGGUGAAGAAGUUACAUCAACCGUUUAUGUAGUCGAGACCCCAGAUGAAACAACUAUGACUUCUACAUCAGAAAUUUGGACGAAUAGUUCCUCAUCAAUUAUACAAGAUUUAUCAUCAAUCAGCUAUAAUGGUACAUCGGGAGAACCAAUUUAUACCUCUAGUGAGUUCGAAAAUGGUACCACAACUGAAAGUACAGGAUACUCAAACUCAUUUAACACUUCCAUAUCAGAAUUCACAUCUUACUAUUCAGAUUUAUCAUCAAUCAGCUUUAAUGGUACAUCGGGAGAACCAAUUUAUACCUCUAGUGAGUUCGAAAAUGGUACCACAACUGAAAGUACAGAAUACUCAAACUCAUUUAACACUUCCAUAUCAGAAUUCACAUCUUACUAUUCAGAUUUAUCAUCAAUCAGCUUUAAUGGUACAUCGGGAGAACCAAUUUAUACCUCUAGUGAGUUCGAAAAUGGUACCACAACUGAAAGUACAGAAUACUCAAACUCAUUUAACACUUCCAUAUCAGAAUUCACAUCUUACUAUUCAGAUUUAUCAUCAAUCAGCUUUAAUGGUACAUCGGAAGAACCAAUUAAUACCUCUAGUGAGUUCGGAAAUACUACGCUAAGUGUGACUACUGCUUACGAAACUUCUAACAAUUCUACCAUAUUCACUGAAACAGAAUCAUCACAUUCGGUAACAAUCCCAAAUAUAUCAAAUAAUAUUACAUCAAUUGAAUCCACUAACACAUUCAACAAUACCAGUGAAGAAGAAUUGACUACUUCUACUUACACUUCCACCGACUCUGAAGGUAAUGUUACCACCGGUACCACUACCUACCCAGUCUCCCACACCAGUGAAGAAGAAUUGACUACUUCUACUUACACUUCCACCGACUCUGAAGGUAAUGUUACCACCGGUACCACUACCUACCCAGUCUCCCACACCAGUGAAGAAGAAUUGACUACUUCUACUUACACUUCCACCGACUCUGAAGGUAAUGUUACCACCGGUACCACUACCUACCCAGUCUCCCACACCACUGAAGAAGAAUUGACUACUUCUACUUACACUUCCACCGACUCUGAAGGUAAUGUUACCACCGGUACCACUACCUACCCAGUCUCCCACACCACUGAAGAAGAAUUGACUACUUCUACUUACACUUCCACCGACUCUGAAGGUAAUGUUACCACCGGUACCACUACCUACCCAGUCUCCCACACCAGUGAAGAAGAAUUGACUACUUCUACUUACACUUCCACCGACUCUGAAGGUAAUGUUACCACCGGUACCACUACCUACCCAGUCUCCCACACCAGUGAAGAAGAAUUGACUACUUCUACUUACACUUCCACCGACUCUGAAGGUAAUGUUACCACCGGUACCACUACCUACCCAGUCUCCCACACCAGUGAAGAAGAAUUGACUACUUCUACUUACACUUCCACCGACUCUGAAGGUAAUGUUACCACCGGUACCACUACCUACCCAGUCUCCCACACCACUGAAGAAGAAUUGACUACUUCUACUUACACUUCCACCGACUCUGAAGGUAAUGUUACCACCGGUACCACUACCUACCCAGUCUCCCACACCACUGAAGAAGAAUUGACUACUUCUACUUACACUUCCACCGACUCUGAAGGUAAUGUUACCACCGGUACCACUACCUACCCAGUCUCCCACACCACUGAAGAAGAAUUGACUACUUCUACUUACACUUCCACCGACUCUGAAGGUAAUGUUACCACCGGUACCACUACCUACCCAGUCUCCCACACCACUGAAGAAGAAUUGACUACUUCUACUUACACUUCCACCGACUCUGAAGGUAAUGUUACCACCGGUACCACUACCUACCCAGUCUCCCACACCAGUGAAGAAGAAUUGACUACUUCUACUUACACUUCCACCGACUCUGAAGGUAAUGUUACCACCGGUACCACUACCUACCCAGUCUCUCACACCAGUGAAGAAGAAUUGACUACUUCUACUUACACUUCCACCGACUCUGAAGGUAAUGUUACCACCGGUACCACUACCUACCCAGUCUCUCACACCAGUGAAGAAGAAUUGACUACUUCUACUUACACUUCCACCGACUCUGAAGGUAAUGUUACCACCGGUACCACUACCUACCCAGUCUCUCACACUUCUGAAGAAGAAUUGACUACUUCUACUUACACUUCCACCGACUCUGAAGGUAAUGUUACCACCGGUACCACUACCUACCCAGUCUCUCACACCAGUGAAGAAGAAUUGACUACUUCUACUUACACUUCCACUGACUCUGAAGGUAAUGUUACCACCGGUACCACUACCUACCCAGUCUCUCACACUUCUGAAGAAGAAUUGACUACUUCUACUUACACUUCCACUGACUCUGAAGGUAAUGUUACCACCGGUACCACUACCUACCCAGUCUCUCACACCAGUGAAGAAGAAGUCACCACUUCUACUUACACUUCUACCGAUUCUGAAGGUAAUGUUACCACCGGUACCACUACCUACCCAGUCUCUCACACCAGUGAAGAAGAAUUGACUACUUCUACUUACACUUCCACCGACUCUGAAGGUAAUGUUACCACCGGUACCACUACCUACCCAGUCUCUCACACCAGUGAAGAAGAAUUGACUACUUCUACUUACACUUCCACCGACUCUGAAGGUAAUGUUACCACCGGUACCACUACCUACCCAGUCUCUCACACCAGUGAAGAAGAAGUCACCACUUCUACUUACACUUCCACCGACUCUGAAGGUAAUGUUACCACCGGUACCACUACCUACCCAGUCUCUCACACUUCUGAAGAAGAAGUCACCACUUCUACUUACACUUCCACCGACUCUGAAGGCAAUGUUACCACCGGUACCACUACCUACCCAGUCUCUCACACUUCUGAAGAAGAAUUGACUACUUCUACUUACACUUCCACUGACUCUGAAGGUAAUGUUACCACCGGAACCACUACCUACCCAGUCUCUCACACCAGUGAAGAAGAAUUGACUACUUCUACUUACACUUCCACCGACUCUGAAGGUAAUGUUACCACCGGUACCACUACCUACCCAGUCUCUCACACUUCUGAAGAAGAAGUCACCACUUCUACUUACACUUCCACCGACUCUGAAGGUAAUGUUACCACCGGUACCACUACCUACCCAGUCUCUCACACUUCUGAAGAAGAAGUCACCACUUCUACUUACACUUCCACCGACUCUGAAGGUAAUGUUACCACCGGUACCACUACCUACCCAGUCUCUCACACCAGUGAAGAAGAAUUGACUACUUCUACUUACACUUCCACUGACUCUGAAGGUAAUGUUACCACCGGUACCACUACCUACCCAGUCUCUCACACCAGUGAAGAAGAAAUCACCACUUCUACUUACAGUUCCACCGACUCUGAAGGUAAUGUUACCACCGGUACCACUACCUACCCAGUCUCUCACACCAGUGAAGAAGAAUUGACUACUUCUACUUACACUUCCACCGACUCUGAAGGUAAUGUUACCACCGGUACCACUACCUACCCAGUCUCUCACACCAGUGAAGAAGAAGUCACCACUUCUACUUACACUUCCACCGACUCUGAAGGUAAUGUUACCACCGGUACCACUACCUACCCAGUCUCUCACACCAGUGAAGAAGAAGUCACCACUUCUACUUACACUUCCACCGACUCUGAAGGUAAUGUUACCACCGGUACCACUACCUACCCAGUCUCUCACACCAGUGAAGAAGAAUUGACUACUUCUACUUACACUUCCACCGACUCUGAAGGCAAUGUUACCACCGGUACCACUACCUACCCAGUCUCUCACACCAGUGAAGAAGAAUUGACUACUUCUACUUACACUUCCACCGACUCUGAAGGUAAUGUUACCACCGGUACCACUACCUACCCAGUCUCUCACACCAGUGAAGAAGAAGUCACCACUUCUACUUACACUUCCACCGACUCUGAAGGUAAUGUUACCACCGGUACCACUACCUACCCAGUCUCUCACACUUCUGAAGAAGAAGUCACCACUUCUACUUACACUUCCACUGACUCUGAAGGUAAUGUUACCACCGGCACCACUACCUACCCAGUCUCUCACACUUCUGAAGAAGAAUUGACUACUUCUACUUACACUUCCACUGACUCUGAAGGUAAUGUUACCACCGGAACCACUACCUACCCAGUCUCUCACACUUCUGAAGAAGAAGUCACCACUUCUACUUACACUUCCACCGACUCUGAAGGUAAUGUUACCACCGGUACCACUACCUACCCAGUCUCUCACACCAGUGAAGAAGAAGUCACCACUUCUACUUACACUUCCACCGACUCUGAAGGUAAUGUUACCACCGGUACCACUACCUACCCAGUCUCUCACACCAGUGAAGAAGAAUUGACUACUUCUACUUACACUUCCACCGACUCUGAAGGUAAUGUUACCACCGGUACCACUACCUACCCAGUCUCUCACACUUCUGAAGAAGAAGUCACCACUUCUACUUACACUUCCACCGACUCUGAAGGUAAUGUUACCACCGGUACCACUACCUACCCAGUCUCUCACACCAGUGAAGAAGAAUUGACUACUUCUACUUACACUUCCACUGACUCUGAAGGUAAUGUUACCACCGGUACCACUACCUACCCAGUCUCUCACACCAGUGAAGAAGAAGUCACCACUUCUACUUACACUUCCACCGACUCUGAAGGUAAUGUUACCACCGGUACCACUACCUACCCAGUCUCUCACACCAGUGAAGAAGAAGUCACCACUUCUACUUACACUUCCACCGACUCUGAAGGUAAUGUUACCACCGGUACCACUACCUACCCAGUCUCUCACACCAGUGAAGAAGAAUUGACUACUUCUACUUACACUUCCACCGACUCUGAAGGUAAUGUUACCACCGGUACCACUACCUACCCAGUCUCUCACACCAGUGAAGAAGAAGUCACCACUUCUACUUACACUUCCACUGACUCUGAAGGUAAUGUUACCACCGGUACCACUACCUACCCAGUCUCUCACACCAGUGAAGAAGAAUUGACUACUUCUACUUACACUUCCACCGACUCUGAAGGCAAUGUUACCACCGGUACCACUACCUACCCAGUCUCUCACACCAGUGAAGAAGAAUUGACUACUUCUACUUACAUUUCCACCGACUCUGAAGGUAAUGUUACCACCGGUACCACUACCUACCCAGUCUCUCACACCAGUGAAGAAGAAUUGACUACUUCUACUUACACUUCCACCGACUCUGAAGGUAAUGUUACCACCGGUACCACUACCUACCCAGUCUCUCACACUUCUGAAGAAGAAGUCACCACUUCUACUUACACUUCCACCGACUCUGAAGGUAAUGUUACCACCGGUACCACUACCUACCCAGUCUCUCACACUUCUGAAGAAGAAGUCACCACUUCUACUUACACUUCCACCGACUCUGAAGGUAAUGUUACCACCGGUACCACUACCUACCCAGUCUCUCACACCAGUGAAGAAGAAGUCACCACUUCUACUUACACUUCCACCGACUCUGAAGGUAAUGUUACCACCGGUACCACUACCUACCCAGUCUCUCACACCAGUGAAGAAGAAUUGACUACUUCUACUUACACUUCCACCGACUCUGAAGGUAAUGUUACCACCGGUACCACUACCUACCCAGUCUCUCACACCAGUGAAGAAGAAUUGACUACUUCUACUUACACUUCCACCGACUCUGAAGGUAAUGUUACCACCGGUACCACUACCUACCCAGUCUCUCACACCAGUGAAGAAGAAUUGACUACUUCUACUUACACUUCCACCGACUCUGAAGGUAAUGUUACCACCGGUACCACUACCUACCCAGUCUCUCACACCAGUGAAGAAGAAUUGACUACUUCUACUUACACUUCCACCGACUCUGAAGGUAAUGUUACCACCGGUACCACUACCUACCCAGUCUCUCACACUUCUGAAGAAGAAUUGACUACUUCUACUUACACUUCCACCGACUCUGAAGGUAAUGUUACCACCGGUACCACUACCUACCCAGUCUCUCACACCAGUGAAGAAGAAUUGACUACUUCUACUUACACUUCCACUGACUCUGAAGGUAAUGUUACCACCGGUACCACUACCUACCCAGUCUCUCACACUUCUGAAGAAGAAUUGACUACUUCUACUUACACUUCCACUGACUCUGAAGGUAAUGUUACCACCGGUACCACUACCUACCCAGUCUCUCACACCAGUGAAGAAGAAGUCACCACUUCUACUUACACUUCCACCGACUCUGAAGGUAAUGUUACCACCGGUACCACUACCUACCCAGUCUCUCACACCAGUGAAGAAGAAUUGACUACUUCUACUUACACUUCCACCGACUCUGAAGGUAAUGUUACCACCGGUACCACUACCUACCCAGUCUCUCACGCUUCUGAAGAAGAAGUCACCACUUCUACUUACACUUCCACCGACUCUGAAGGUAAUGUUACCACCGGUACCACUACCUACCCAGUCUCUCACACCAGUGAAGAAGAAUUGACUACUUCUACUUACACUUCCACCGACUCUGAAGGUAAUGUUACCACCGGUACCACUACCUACCCAGUCUCUCACACUUCUGAAGAAGAAGUCACCACUUCUACUUACACUUCCACCGACUCUGAAGGUAAUGUUACCACCGGUACCACUACCUACCCAGUCUCUCACACCAGUGAAGAAGAAGUCACCACUUCUACUUACACUUCCACCGACUCUGAAGGUAAUGUUACCACCGGUACCACUACCUACCCAGUCUCUCACACCAGUGAAGAAGAAUUGACUACUUCUACUUACACUUCCACCGACUCUGAAGGUAAUGUUACCACCGGUACCACUACCUACCCAGUCUCUCACACCAGUGAAGAAGAAUUGACUACUUCUACUUACACUUCCACCGACUCUGAAGGUAAUGUUACCACCGGUACCACUACCUACCCAGUCUCUCACACCAGUGAAGAAGAAGUCACCACUUCUACUUACACUUCCACCGACUCUGAAGGUAAUGUUACCACCGGUACCACUACCUACCCAGUCUCUCACACCAGUGAAGAAGAAGUCACCACUUCUACUUACACUUCCACCGACUCUGAAGGUAAUGUUACCACCGGUACCACUACCUACCCAGUCUCUCACACCAGUGAAGAAGAAUUGACUACUUCUACUUACACUUCCACCGACUCUGAAGGUAAUGUUACCACCGGUACCACUACCUACCCAGUCUCUCACACCAGUGAAGAAGAAUUGACUACUUCUACUUACACUUCCACCGACUCUGAAGGUAAUGUUACCACCGGUACCACUACCUACCCAGUCUCUCACACCAGUGAAGAAGAAGUCACCACUUCUACUUACACUUCCACCGACUCUGAAGGUAAUGUUACCACCGGUACCACUACCUACCCAGUCUCUCACACCAGUGAAGAAGAAUUGACUACUUCUACUUACACUUCCACCGACUCUGAAGGUAAUGUUACCACCGGUACCACUACCUACCCAGUCUCUCACACCAGUGAAGAAGAAUUGACUACUUCUACUUACACUUCCACCGACUCUGAAGGUAAUGUUACCACCGGUACCACUACCUACCCAGUCUCUCACACUUCUGAAGAAGAAGUCACCACUUCUACUUACACUUCCACCGACUCUGAAGGUAAUGUUACCACCGGUACCACUACCUACCCAGUCUCUCACACUUUUGAAGAAGAAGUCACCACUUCUACUUACACUUCCACCGACUCUGAAGGUAAUGUUACCACCGGUACCACUACCUACCCAGUCUCUCACACCAGUGAAGAAGAAUUGACUACUUCUACUUACACUUCCACUGACUCUGAAGGUAAUGUUACCACCGGUACCACUACCUACCCAGUCUCUCACACCAGUGAAGAAGAAUUGACUACUUCUACUUACACUUCCACUGACUCUGAAGGUAAUGUUACCACCGGUACCACUACCUACCCAGUCUCUCACACCAGUGAAGAAGAAUUGACUACUUCUACUUACACUUCCACCGACUCUGAAGGUAAUGUUACCACCGGUACCACUACCUACCCAGUCUCUCACACCAGUGAAGAAGAAUUGACUACUUCUACUUACACUUCCACUGACUCUGAAGGUAAUGUUACCACCGGUACCACUACCUACCCAGUCUCUCACACCAGUGAAGAAGAAGUCACCACUUCUACCUACACUUCCACCGACUCUGAAGGUAAUGUUACCACUGGUACCACUACCUACCCAGUCUCUCACACCAGUGAAGAAGAAGUCACCACUUCUACUUACACUUCCACCGACUCUGAAGGUAAUGUUACCACCGGUACCACUACCUACCCAGUCUCUCACACCAGUGAAGAAGAAGUCACCACUUCUACUUACACUUCCACCGACUCUGAAGGUAAUGUUACCACUGGUACCACUACCUACCCAGUCUCUCACACCAGUGAAGAAGAAUUGACUACUUCUACUUACACUUCCACCGACUCUGAAGGUAAUGUUACCACCGGUACCACUACCUACCCAGUCUCUCACACUUCUGAAGAAGAAGUCACCACUUCUACUUACACUUCCACCGACUCUGAAGGUAAUGUUACCACCGGUACCACUACCUACCCAGUCUCUCACACCAGUGAAGAAGAAUUGACUACUUCUACUUACACUUCCACCGACUCUGAAGGUAAUGUUACCACCGGUACCACUACCUACCCAGUCUCCCACACCAGUGAAGAAGAAGUCACCACUUCUACUUACACUUCCACCGACUCUGAAGGUAAUGUUACCACCGGUACCACCACCUACCCAGUCUCUCACACCAGUGAAGAAGAAGUCACCACUUCUACUUACACUUCCACCGACUCUGAAGGUAAUGUUACCACCGGUACCACCACCUACCCAGUCUCUCACACUUCUGAAGAAGAAUUGACUACUUCUACUUACACUUCCACCGACUCUGAAGGUAAUAUUACCACCGGUACCACCACCUACCCAGUCUCCCACACCAGUGAAGAAGAAGUCACCACUUCUACUUACACUUCCACCGACUCUGAAGGUAAUGUUACCACCGGUACUACUACCUACCCAGUUUCUCACACCAGUGAAGAAGAAGUAACCACUUCUACUUACACUUCCACCGACUCUGAAGGUAAUGUUACCACCGGUACCACCACCUACCCAGUCUCUCACACCAGUGAAGAAGAAUUGACUACUUCUACUUACACUUCCACCGACUCUGAAGGUAAUGUUACCACCGGUACCACCACCUACCCAGUCUCUCACACCAGG